AUUUGUAGCGCGAGUGUCACAGUUGUGGCGAAAGCCAAUUUUUGUGUGAUGUGAAUGCGCGUAGCAAGGUGGGAGGUGGGAGAGGUAGGCAAGAGGCUGGCAAAAGAAUCAACUUACAAAGAGUGACCAUCUCAGUUCAAGAUGGAGAUUGAUCCAAGCAUGCUGCAGGGGGCUGGAGGGGGAAAUGCAGCGCAGAAUGCAGAGAAGCAGAAGGAAGCCAUGGCCAAGCAGGAAGAGAUGAAGAACAGCAUGCUCUCCAGCCUGUUGGACCAGAAGGCACGAGCCAGGCUGAACACGAUCCUGCUGGCCAAGCCGGAGAAGGGCGCCCAGCUGGAGGGUAUGCUGGUAAACAUGGCGCGUUCGGGCCAGAUCCAGCAGCGUCUCACCGAGCCAGAGCUCGUCGGACUGCUGGAGAGGGUCAGCGACUCGACCGGAAACAGGGCCACGGCAAAGGUCAAGUUUGACCGGAGGCGUGCCGCCAUGGACUCAGACGAUGACGAAGACUAUGAAAGUCUUCUGGGAUAAACUGUGCUGAAAAGAAACUGCCACGCUACGGGCUCGAGUUGCGCCUGUGGCGACAUCUGUAUGAACUAAGCAGCGAUGCAGUCACGUCGGUGACUUGGUGGAGAUUGACAAUAGCGCCACUUAUGCCGGCUCAGAGAUGCUGGCUGGCGUGAAAAGUCCCAAUGCCUGGUGUGAUUUUACUGGCCGGCUAAGCAAAACAUCAAACGGACAGCCGCUGCUAAGAGGGAUGCGUUCAGGCAUGUUGCUUGAGUGCAUGCAUCAAAUGCUGCGAUUCAGUGACUUAAACUCGGGAAAUGGAGGCUUCCCUGAUGUUGCAUUCAUGCAUGCUGCCACAGUAAGUCCGAUUCACAAUGUGAAUACUGUGAAUCGGAAUCGAAAGGCAGCAAACUGGGGACUAGAUACUGCCCGGUAGCGGGCCGGAUGGGUACGCUGACAUUGGUGUAACACGCUUUAUGUUGUACUGAACUGCGGUGCGUUUUUGUACUGACUCACGAGAAUACACGACUACCAAAUGUGA